AUGGCGCCCCGAUUGGAGGGCGCCACGUCCUCCGCAUCGCAAUCCGUAGGCGGCCAAUCGCAGAAGCAUCAGCAGCUGACGCGCCUCAUCCCGAAAAAAACAUACAAGCCGCUGCUAAGCCUUGAGGUCUUUUACACAGGCGGCCACGUGGCAGUCUUUCCGGAUGGACGCCACGUGGCAUGUCCUUGCGCUGACGUGGUAAAGGUCGUCGAUCUCACCACGGGGAAGGUCGUGCGGACGUUGGAGGGCGACGGAGAGCCAAUCACAGCCGUCGCCGCGAGUCCAGAUGGCGUGUCCGUAUUGGCCAGCUCGCGCAGCCUGCAGACGCGCUGGUGGAACUGGCGCACGGGGGAGUGCAAGCGGUCGUGGAAGGCGCACCCCGCGCCAGUGUCGUGUCUGGCGAUAGACGCGAGCGGGGGACUGCUGGCGACAGGGGGGGCGGACAGGGGCGUGCGAGUGUGGGACUUAGAGGCCAAUGCAUGCACGCACUCGUUCACGGGCAUGGGAGGGGUGCUGUCGCAAGUGGCCUUUCACCCCGACCCGAAUCAGCUGCUGCUUGUGGGCGCGUCAGAGAGCGGGCUGGUGCGGGUGUGGGACCUGGUGACCAAGCGCCCAGCAGCCUCUCUGGAUAAGCAUUUCUCCACAGUCACUGCUAUCGCCUUCUCACCGUCGGGAUGGCUGCUGCUCACUGCUAGUCGUGACAAGGUCAGUCAAGUCAACCAGCCAACACCUUUUCUCCCAGCAUCGCCUCACUGCACAAGCACUUCUCUACAGUCACCUUCCAUCGCCUUCUUGCCCUCUGGAUGGCUGCUGCUCACUGCUUCCCGUGAUAAGGCUAUCACUGUGAAGCUCUUUAUUGGGCUGACUGUGGGGGAGGAGCAGACGCUUCUCAUCCUCUGCUACUCCUCCCCUUCUCAUCUGCUGAUUGGACGUCUCAAAACCCUUUUUCCCUCCCGUCUCCGUUUACACCCCCCUGUCCCCUUCGUGCUCCCCCUCCCCCCCCACUUCUUUCAUCAGGUGGUAAACAUAUGGGAUAUUCGCACCUAUGCCCACGUCACCACCAUCCCCGUUUUUGAGUCCCUCGAAGGCCUCGCUAUAGUCACACCCCCUAUAGCCCCAGAAUUUCCUGCCAUUCCCCCCACUGCUGCUGCUGCUGCUGCUGCUGCUGCUGCUGGGGGGGAAGCAGAGGGGGGGAAGGGGGAGAAGGGAGAGAAGGGGAGGAAGGGGGAGAAGGGGAAGAAGAGUAGGGAGGAGAUGGGGGAACGAGAGGUGGUGUGGUUUGUGAGUGUGGGCGAGAGGGGUGUGAUGCGGUUGUGGCGGUCAGACAAGUCAACGGCGGUCUUGGAGCAACGGGCAGCUGAGGUGGCAGGCGGGCAGCAGAAAACAGGCACGGAGGCCAAUGACGAAGCGCCAGCUGGCGGUGGGUUUUUGUCUGCGCAGUUUCUGGGCUUGGAUGGAGGAGGGGGAGUAGGGGGAGGAAAGGGAGGAUGCAGGUUAUUGUGUACCACUGCAGAUCAACGGCUGUUAACAUACCAGCCUGUCAACGUGAUUGUAACGAAACAGCAGCAGCAGCAGCAGCUGCAGCAGCAGUUUCUUGCCAUGUGUCAGCAGCUGAUUGGGCAGAACGACGAGAUCGUGGACGUGCGAUUCGUCCUUGACCCCUCCUCUUCAUUUCUGGAUGCAGUGGGAGAGGGAGAUGAGGGGGAAGAGACUGAGAGAGAAGGUGGGGGAAGGGAGGUAGAGGAGGGGGAGGAGGAGGGAGAGGACGGAGCUGAGGGGAUAAGGAAGGCGUUGAGAGGGGUGGAGAGGAAUCUGCAGCUGGCGGUGGCAACCAAUAGCGAGCAAGUGCGCGUGUACGACGUGGCGACCGCCAGCUGUCGCCGUUCCCUGAUUGGCCACUCGGACAUCGUGCUGUGCAUCGACGCUUACCCCCACCCCUGCUCCGUGCCUCGUGCCCUUCUUGGCCCUCCUGCUGCUGCUGCUGCUGCUGCUGCUGCUGCUGCUCCUGCUGCUGCUGCUGCUGCUGCUGCUGCUGCUGCUGCUGCUGAUGGCGCUACUGCUAGUGCUGAUGGUGAUGGUAAAGGUGGUUCUUCCGAUUCGGUUCCGGUUUCUCUGCUCGCCUCGUCUGCUAAAGAUCACUCUGUAAGCAUCUCGCUCGACCCCUCACCUGUCCCCCGAGUUGACUUUUGA